AUGAGUCAGGAAGAUUUUUACAUAUAUAAUUUGCUGGAGAAAGUGAUAAACUCGCUUGAGCUUUUGUACUUUGAUUCAAAAACCUCGGAGAGUGUCAAAGUAGAAGAUGCACAGUCAGAACCAACCCAUCCAUCACGUAAGCUGACACAGCACGACACAGCAUACUAUAAAUCAGAUUUAUAUCGUUAUAAUUUGAAAAGAAAACUCAAUGAUUUACCACCGGUGACAGAAGAAGAAUUUGAUAAACUUCUUGAAGAAGAGUCAAUUGAAAGUUUGUCGGGAUCUGAUGAGGAAGAAAGUGAUGGCGACGAAGAAGAAGGCAAAUUACAAAACCUAAUACAGAAGUUGGAUAUGAGAGAUGAGAAUGAGCACGAAGAGUCAACGGUAAGCCAUCUUAAUACCAAGUCUCCAUUUAUACUAUUUGGUUCGUCAUUGGUUCCACCAGACAAAGCCAUUGGUGCCUAUAAGGCGGUGUUUUCUUCCUCACAACUCGAAAACCCAACCAAGAGCUUUCAACAAUUUCUGAGAGCAGGAAAGUCUGCAUUAUUUAUGAUUGGUGGUGGUCAUUUUGCAGGCGCCAUUAUUUCACACGCACGCAAAAGCAUUCGUGGAAAUGCUCCAAAUAUGAAAGAAUCCAUUCAGGAACAGGCUGUAGAUAUUAUUCAGUCGAAAACAUUUCAUAGAUACACAACAAGAAGAAAACAAGGUGGCUCUCAAAGUGCAAGUGAUAAUGCUCGUGGCAAGGCAAACUCUGCCGGUUCCAGUAUAAGAAGAUACAAUGAACAAGCAUUAAUACAAGAAGUAAGAGAGUUGUUGCAUGAUUGGAAGAAUCAUCUCCAGGAAUGUUCAGCAAUCUACAUACGUGCGAAUGGUGCGUCGAAUAGAAAGAUCUUGGUAGGUUAUGAGGGCUCUCCAAUAGAGAACAACGAUCCUAGGUUAAGGGGAUUUCCAUUCACUACUAGAAGAGCCACAACAUCAGAGCUAAAAAGGGCAUGGGUAGAGUUGACUCAUUUGCAUGUUGUUGAUAUGCCAAAAGUUGAAAAGAAAAAACAAAAAGUAGUGACUUCAAGUAAAGUGGUGCAAAAACCUACGAAAUCACCAGAAGAAUUGGAACAUGAGCAAUUAAACAGCGAGUUAAUCGGACUUUUGAAGAAACAAAGAGCACCCAAAUUGAUUAAUUUUGUCAAACAAAACAAGAUCAACGUUGAUGAGCUCAAAUUGGAUUACACACACACUCCUACAUUGUUGCAUUAUGCAGCUGCAAAUGGACUUGGUCAUAUGGUCCAAGUUUUACUUGUUAACCUCAAAGCCUCCCCUAAUGUUUGCAAUAGUGCGGGAAGAACCCCAGCUGAGGUUGCUGAUACUACUGCAAGAAAAGUAUUUCAAAUAGUUAGACACAAGUUGGGUGAAGAGUAUUGCGAUUGGAAUGCAGCCAAAGUUGGUCCGCCGAAAAGUAAAGAAGAGAUAGAACAAGAAGAGAAAUCAAAGAACGAACAACUUGAAUUGGAAAAGAAAAAAUUGAUUCAAGAGGAGUUGGCUAAAAAGACAGAGCUCGAAUUGAAAAAACCUACUUUUUCUUCUAGCGGUGUAUUAGGUAAACAUGUUGAUGAUUUGACUGGACUCAGUGAACAACAGAAAAUGCGGUUGAUGAGAGAACAACGAGCCAGAGCAGCCGAAGCAAGAAUGAAACGUUUAAACCCAACUUAA